AUGCCUGUGUGUGCAAGUCCAGUGAUGCCAAGUUCCCCCAUCAUCAACUACGUGUUGAAAAUUCCUGUGGGUGCUCAGGUCCUCUCAUGGGUGAAAUGGUGGCCUUGUGAGAAAGUUAGCUUGGCUCCCUCAACUUCCUUAAGCUCAAGACCCUGUGCCAGGUCACUGGAAGGACUGAGCGCAUUCAGGAGCCUGGAGGAGCUCAUCUUGGACAACAAUCUGCUUGGGGACGACCUUGUGUUGCCUGGGUUACCCCAGCUGCACACCUUAACCCUCAACAAGAACCAAAUUACUGAUUUGGAGUGUUUGCUUGAUCAUCUGGCAGAAGUGACCCCAGCUUUGGAGUACCUCAGUCUGCUAGGCAAUGUGGCAUGUCCCAAUGAACUGGUCAGCUUGGAAAAGGAUGAGGAAGACUAUAAGAGAUAUAGAUGUUUUGUUCUGUACAAACUUCCCAACUUGAAGUUCCUGGAUGCCCGGAAAGUAACCAGACAAGAACGAGAGGAGGCAUUGGUCAGAGGGGCCUUCAUGAAGGUGGUGAAGCCCAAGGCUUCCAGUGAGGAUGUUGCUGCCUCUCCAGAGCGCUGCCACUACACACCCUUGCCUUCUGCUUCUAGAGAACUCACCAGUCACCGAGGUGGGAACUUGCUUUUUAUUACUCUCAGUGGUUGUGGGGAGGGGCACGUGGUCAUGCAGAGUUCUGGGCUUCUUAAUGCUGCCUUGGCACUUUGGAAGGAACACAGUGCUUUUUUAAGUCCUUGAUGAGAAAACCAUGCCUGUCAAACCUACUGAUU